AAGACGAUCAGACUCAGGUCUUGUGCUCCAGCCUCCAGGUCGAGGAGGAACAGAGCCGGCGGCGCGAAUCCAAGCGGCGGCCGUACGCCGUCGCCCGGUCACCCAUCCUCUUGCGCGCGAGUGAGCGAUGGAGCGAUCUCGUCGGUGACAAGGACGCCGCAGGAGCCCCCUGCCCCCGCAGCCUGCCGGUUCCAGGUUCCGCCGCCCCGUCCCAGCCAGGCGGAACUUGUCAGAGGUCGCUGGUGCCAGAUCGCCGCAGCCCGCGGCCCCGUCGUAGCUGGUGCCGGCCGCCCGUACCAAGUCGUCCACGCCGCCAGCAAGAUGCCCGAGAUGCCUCCAGCUUCUUGUUGAAUACCCCUCCAUUCCUGUUUACAGAUGUGGUGGCUGCAGUACUGUUCUCAGAGAAUCGAGCUGUGCCUGCAGCACAAUCUGUUUCAGAAUCCGAGGAACACAACAAUUUUCCAAGUAUCCUGAAAGGAUCCCCUCAGAAUAGCAAAUUGGUUUGCUUGGGUGAACAGAAAAUUGUUUCCACUGUUGAUCAGUCUCAUGAAGCCACGACUGAUGGAACCAUUCCCUCCACUAUCAACAAUACCAAUUCCUUUGAGAACGCAAUUCCAGAAACAGCAAUGUCUGUGGCAGAGAGUGUAACCUUUGCCAAGAAUCAGAAUGAGGAAAAAUGUUCCUUAGUUGAUGGGAAUAUCCUGAAUCCUAGGUUUAUGGUCAGAGAGAUACAUGACAAAGACACAGGAGCUAAUUCUAGUUCCAAUUUGAUUGAAAAAGUAGAGAAUCUUGACACACAUAAAGAUGAAAAUGGAGGCAAAGUAGAUAAUUUUAGCACUAGCGAAGUGAGCACAAUGUAUGAGAAAACUGGGGUUGUUCAAAAGGAGGAGAGGAUGCACACGUAUGAAGGUAUGCUUGUAGAGUCUCAUGAAGCUCUGAUUGAAGAGUUGGAGAGGUCUCUAUCAUUUAGUAGGGAUGGUGAAGAUUUUUUGGAUGAAGCAGAAAACAGUGGGCUUAGUGAUGCUCUACGUCAUCAAAUGGGUAGCCGCAUAUUUAUGUUAAGGGGCAAAAUGAAUGAUGUCUCUCGAAGUGAUCCCCAUGGUCGAUUGAUUGAAGAACUGGAGAUGUCUUUCAGUGACACAGAAGAGCCAAUGGGGCAGCACACUGCUGUUGCAGACAAAGUUCAUGGGUAUGAGCAUGAUAAGAAUCCACAUACCCUGGGUGCUGGAAGUUCACAUCCGUCUGAAGAAGGCAUUUCCUUGUUUGACCAUGGAAAUCUCAAAUCUGGACAAAGUUUUCAUCAAGAAAACAAGCUAGUAGAUAAUGGCAAGGAAGGAAAGGAAGAGUGCCAUAUUGAAGAUGACAGAAAUGAGAAUCUUGUGUUCGCAGACGAGAACAUUGCAGGAAGAGCUCAUGGGAAUGAAGAUCUAACAGUUGAUGGCACUGGAGAAAAUGAAGAGAGCCAUAUGGAAGAUGAAAAUAUGGCUAAAUGUAUUCAUGGGAAUGAGCAUGUUGCAGUUGCAGAUGAGGACAUCGCAGUGAGAGUUCAUGAGAAUGAGCAUGGUAAUGAUCGGCAGUCUAUGGAAACUGAAAAUGCAAAUCUAUGUGAAGGAGUCAUCUCUUCGUUCAACGCUGGACAUAUCAAAUCUGAACAAAGUUUUCAACAAAGUGAGCUAUUAGCUGAUGGCACUAAAGGAAAGGAAGAGAGUGAUAUGGAAGAUGGCAAUAUGACCAACUGUGUUCAAGAAGACAGUGCAGCUGUUGCUAGUUUUUCAAGCUUGUCAAAUAAGAGGACUCAAUGCAAGUUACCUAGUUUUAAUAAGAACAAAGAACAAAUGCCCUACAGAUAUAGAGCUACUCAACUUAGUCAAGGACUGUCACUUGAUUCUGAAGACUUCAAGUCCAUCCAAAACUUUAUCGAGUCGCAAAUGGAUGGUACCUCAAGUUCUCUUUCAAGUGCCAAUCAAGGGGAUUUGAUGCACAGAACGUCAAACAAGUUCAACAAUAUUGUAAGACAUGACCGGCUCAAAAAGAUGGAUGAACUAAGAGAUCAGCUAAGUAGGCUUUCGAGCCAGAAAGAUUUGGAGAAAAGGUACCGGAAAGGAGGCCUAGAGUACCAGCAACAAUCCAAUAGUUAUGAUAUUGAGCAGCAUUUUCAAAGUGUUGAUGCUGAUUCCAUUUCAAAUUCCUGUGCUCUAGAAUCCUAUUAUGGUCAUGGAAGGUCACCAAGGUACCAACCACCGAAUCUUUUCUCUCCAACUCAUACAUACACACACUGCCAUUUUGGACAUGCCCAAACAUGCAUACCGCACAAUUACGACGCGUGGGAGUUCAAUUCAUAUUAUCAGUCCUCAUAUGCUGAAAGCACAAUUCUUGACCAUGAAUCAGUGAAGUCAACUUACAAGGAGCAGAAACGAGUCGUGAGAAAGCAUAUUUUGCGGCCUCUGUCAGGUGCUUGCCCAUUCACUAUCUGCCACAGCUGUUUCAAUUUGGUUCAAAUGCCAUCAGAUAUCUACAUAUCAAAAGCAAAGAUUGGCAAAAUGCAGUGCUCUCAGUGCUCCAAGGUUCUUGUAUUAUCAUUCCCUGCAUUAUAUCAGGCAGAUGCUAAGACCAGCACGGAUAUGGCACAACAAUCAAACUAUCUUGAUUAUAGCAUAGUCACUAAGAAUGGGGACGUUGCUUCUCAUUCUGCUGAGUGCCUAACAGGGUAUCCUAUUAGUAUAAAUGAAGAACAUGGAGCAUCCUUCACAAGAAGCUUCUCUACUCAAGCUGGAUCAAGCCUUGUUGCCACACAAAGAGGCAAGAAGGUUUCUGACUCGGCACUUCAUCGACUCAUGGGGUAUGAUUCAGCAAGCCAGUUGUUACGUCACAGUGGAGUGUUUGACAAUGGAUAUGAGCUCUUCGAGUCAAUGGUGCCAGUUUCAAGUAGAGUAUCCAGAAGGAAGAACAUGUGAGGUUUUUCUCUGAUGUGAAACCUUUGGUCCCUGCAAGAAGGAUAGGAAGGUCAAACAAUUUUGGAAUAUACUUCAAUCGUACAAGUCUUUCUUAUGAUUAUGAAUACAAGCGGACGCCUUUCCUGCAAAUAGUUUCAUAAGUUUUUCAGAGAACUCAGAUUUAUUUAAAGUCAUUUAGUUUGUCAAAUUCUUUAGUUAUGGUAUAUAUAUGUAUAUAUUAUUUAUUCUUCCUGUAAAUGUGUCCAUAUUUGAUUAUGUAAUGGUGAUUACUGAAUAGUGUUGCAUCUGAUAUGUUUCUUGGUCAAAGAACUGGCAACUUCAAAUCUUUUUUUUAGGUAAAUUUUGCUCCCCUUUUCACCUUCUAUAGAUCAAAACUGGUUGCACAUUAUUUAUGUUGGCACGCAUGCAUGUGCAUGUGUGGAGGGGGAAAUAAUUCUAUGGCACAGAUGAAGGGGACUAUCCAACCACUAUGUGCAUGUGUGGAGGUGGAGCUACCCUUCCAUGUGCCUUGUCUGGAAUGACAUGCAUUAUGUCUCUCAUGAUCACAGUAGACAGUUGUUAUAAGUUGCUAUUGGAUCUGGUUUUAGUGUCAAGUGUCAAAGGCCGUGGACAUGCUAAUACAGCCAUUCCUGUUCAUGAUGGUAUUCUGCAAGUUGAUGCCCUGAUGAUAUUACUGUGAUGUCUUUGUUCCGCAAGUAUUUUGUUUGAUUCCUUCUGUUGUUUGCAGGCGUAAUGUCGGCACAUUACUCACAUUAGUCUAUUUCUAGGUACUGGGUUCUUCAUGUGCACUGAAAAAAGGAAGCUGCAAAUAUAAGUGGUUUCUUUCCAGCUGGUCCUCUGGUUUGGUACAGACAUCUCAAGAGGAGGGGAAGAAGGGAUCGCAUAGUCUCUGCAACCUUCAGUACUUCAGCAGUACCAGAAUGACCAGGCAAAUCUGCUGCCAGGACAAUCUCAAGAACCUUUUGUUUGUGUCAUCUACUCGAUAAAGAAACUUCAAUCCCAUUCCUCACAUUACUCAAGCACAAAAAUGUGGCUUGAAUCCGGAUGAAAAGAAGUAGACAAUAAUUAAGGCAGUAAUAUCUCUAUGGGGGAUCAGUAGGUUGUUGGGUCCCUUUGUUGCAGUCCUGGGACACAAGCACAAAAAAGUGCUGGUGUGCGGACUGAAGCAAAUGGACACGGCCUUCUUUGAAGAUGACUGCGCUGCAAUAUCUCUAGUGCUUCCUAUGGGAUUUGAGCUGGUGCUGCAGGUGUGAUGGUGUCCUUCUGCUGGACUUGUUUUGUGGCAGGGCACUUCAUUUCGAUUUUGUAGGUGCAGCUGUAAUAGAACCUGAAAAUAGAAUGAUAUUAGCCCAAUUUUUCCUGAAGGAAAGAGAGG